GCGGUUCCAUUCUGUCUCAAGCAGCCGUCUAAACAAACCAAGACUAGCUCACCAAAGUAGCUGACAAAAUCGAACAUGGCGCCUGCUUGCACCGACAGCUAUCAAUAAAAGAGUGUCGCGAACAAGUGGGAAACAAAGUUUUCAGAUAUUAUCGAAGUGCACCCACUUUGUGCCUUCAUUGGUGAAUUUGGUAAUGUAAAACACGAACGGAAUAGCUCGAGCGGGUGAAAGCUGCAAGUUGCCUACAUGAUAACAUUGUCUCUUAUAGUGUUGUAAAGAGCUGGCACGACCAGCCAUGAUUGAGGACAAGGGCCACCGUGUGACCGACUACUUUGUGGUGGCCGGGCUGACGGACAAGUCCACGCCCCUGGAGCAGGACCUGUCGGAGACCAAGUCCAGCGGGCCCAAGGCGCCCAUUACUGACCUGGCCGUCAUCAACAAGUCGGCGGGAGAGACUGUUCCCGAGGGCUUCACCUGCAUGGAGAGCACCUACAGCGGGCAGCAGGCCAACCUCAACCACGGCAGCCUUAAGAGCCACGAACUGUUCCUCUGUUACAAGAGGGACCGCGACAAGCCCCCGCUCAUCGACAUCGGGGUGUUAUACGAAGGGAAGGAGCGUCUCAUCCAGGGCUGUGAGGUCAUUCAGGUCACGCCGUACGGACGUUGUGCCAACGUCAACAACAGCUCUGCCACCUCGCAGCGCAUCUUCAUCACCUUCCGCCGCGCGCCGCCCGUCCAGCCCCAGAACUCCCUGUCCGUCACCGACAUCUGCGUCAUCGUCACUAGCAAGGGCGAGACGCCGCCGCACACCUUCUGCAAGGUGGACAAGAACCUCAAUUGUGGCAUGUGGGGCUCCAGUGUUUUCCUGUGCUACAAGAAAUCAGUGUCCGCGUCCAACUCCAUCAAUUACAAAGCCGGCCUCAUCUUCCGCUACCCAGAGGAUGACUAUGAGUCAUUCCCCCUGUCUGAGUCUGUGCCCCUGUUCUGCCUCCCCAUGGGGGCUAAGAUCGAGUGCUGGGCCCCCAACACACGCUACCCUCUGCCCGUCUUCUCCACCUUUGUGUUAACCAACUCCUCUGGGGAAAAGAUGUACGGCGCAGCCAUCCAGUUCUAUGAGGCCUACCCCAUAGAUCUCCUCAGUGAGAAGCAGAAGGUGCAGCUGGGCCUGCUCACCACCGUGGAGAAGAAGAUGAUCCCCAACCGGACGGUCAACACCAACAAGUGCAUCUGCCUGCUCUCUCGCUGGCCCUUCUUCGAGUCUUUCCGCAAGUUCCUCAUGUUCCUCUACAAGCUGUCCGUAUCAGGUCCCCACCCGCUGCCCAUCGAAAAGCACAUCUCGCACUUCAUGCACAACGUGUCCUUCCCUUCACCUCAGAGGCCUAGAAUCUUGGUCCAACUCUCUGCACAUGACACCUUGAUGCUUGCACAACCUGUGUGUACUCCUCUCCCUCUCAGUGGGGCAGACUACAGUACGUUGCUGAUGAACCUGGGCCCGGAGAACUGUGCCACGCUGCUGCACUUUGUCCUGCUGGAGAGUAAGAUCCUGCUUCACUCCCUGAGACCCGCUGUACUCACCGGGGUAGCAGAGGCCGUAGUGGCGAUGAUCUUCCCGUUCCAGUGGCAGUGCCCGUACAUCCCCCUCUGCCCGCUCUCCCUGGCGGGGGUCCUCAAUGCCCCCUUUCCCUUCAUCGUGGGCGUGGACUCCCGCUACUUUGACCUUUAUGACCCCCCGCCGGACGUGGUCUGUGUGGACCUGGACACCAACACUAUUUACCUGUCUGAUGAGAAGAGACACAGUAACUGGAAAAACCUCCCAAAGAAACCCUGCAAGAGCCUGUGUAACUCACUGGCCAACCUGCACCACCAGCUGGGCAUCGUGCGUCGGACAGCCCAGGAGGGCUUGGCGGUGGAGAUGACCCCCAUCGAGGCGGACUUCACCUGGCACAAGAAGAUGACCUCCCUGGAGAUGGAGAUCCAAGAGGCCCUGCUGCGCUUCAUGGCCAACAUCCUGAAGGGCUACCGCUCCUACCUCAAACCCAUCACCCAGGCCCCCUCCGAGAAGGCCACCUCCGCAGACUCACUAUACGACCUACAGGGGUUUCUGAGGAGCAGGGAGCGCACCCACCAGAAGUUCUACUCCCAGCUGACCAAGACUCAGAUCUUCAUCCGCUUCAUCGAGGAGUGCACGUUCGUCAGCGACAAGGACACAGGCCUGGCCUUCUUCGACGACUGCAUUGAGAAGCUAUUUCCCUCCGAUAAAGGCAACGACAAAGGCACUAAGGUGGAGGGUGAGUCCUCAGAGGACACCAAGCUUAUGGAACUAGACGAAUCACAGAAGAGCGAGCACACUGUCUUCGUCAUGCCCCCAGAACCCCCCGCCACCGAGGAAGGGUCCGACCCCCCUUCCCACUACAGUUAUAAGAGUUUUCCUCGGUUGUGUAUGGACCUGUUUGACCGCCCCAGGGAGGUGACACCAGCGCUGAGGAGUAGUACACCUGGGGCCAGCCUGUCCAGCAGCCCUGCACUACUGGCCAAGAGGACCAAGCAGGAGAUCAAGCUGGCCUACAAGAUGGCCAAGCGCUUCUACUCCAACCCUCCGCUGUGGGCCAAGUGUCUGUUCAGCCACUGCUACAGCCUGUGGUUCAUCUGUCUGCCCGUGGGGGUGAGGCUGGCUCAGUCCAAGAGCUGGGCCAUGCAACAGGCCUACAACGUCCUGCUCAAGAUGAGGACCUCUGAGGUGGAGGUGCUGGAUGAGGUGUGUUACCGUGUAGUGAUGCAGCUGUGUGGUGUGUACGGUCAGCCUGUCAUGGCCGUCCGUGUCCUGGUGGAGAUGAAGAAGGCAGGGGUGCACCCUAACGCUAUCACCUACGGAUACUACAACAAGGCUGUUCUGGAAGGCCCCUGGCCCAGUCGGAACCGCAGUGGGCUCUUCAUGUGGGCCAAGGUGCGCAUCGUGGCGCGCGCUCUCUCUCAAUUCAAACAGGCAGUCCAGCGGACGCCCGCCAUGGAAGGACCCACCGUCAUCACGACAGGAAGUGAUUUAGGCCUGUCAGUGGGCGGCUCGGCGAGCAGCGACGGCGACCGUCUGAGCCACGGGAGUGCAGACAGCUCCAGCGAGGCGAACGGAGAGGAUCAUACCCUGUUCGCACGCAGCCUCAUCAUAGGAGACGCCGCAGACAACCACUGCAGCGGAGGAGUUCAGUCUGAUCAAGGCUACGGCUCUAAAGAUGAGUUGCACCAGGACCUAGUGGAUUUGGCUCAAUCAGCAGCCCUUGUAAUCGCUGUGGAUCAGUGCAGCAAGUCCACAGCACAGCACAACGGUGGGGACAUAGCUGGCUCGGUGGACAGUGCAGUGGCUGUAGCGGAGCCCCCCAGCCCUGUGAAAGCACUCCCACAUGUCCCUAGCAUCGUCAAACUGUCCACAGGAACGAGUUUUGAUACCGCCAUGAAGAGAGGAGACACUGCCCCUGGGAAGCUGUUCUCUCUGCGCAGCCAGAGUGAGGACAUCUCCCUGCCGGUUGAGGGUAAGUCUGCAGCUCCAGGUGGCUCCGGGGUGGCGGGACCUGCGGUCCAGGUCCAGCGCCAGAAGGCCUUCUCGGAGCGCAGCUGCAGCUUCAGCGCCGAGAGCCGUGCCGGCAUGCUGAUGGAGAAACAUGGUGUGGACCACAUCGUCAGCCGCAUGGGCGCCGAUGCACGGAUCUUGGCGGCGGCUCUCUCUGGGGGCGGCACCACCCCCCCGCCUACAAAGCCGCUUCCCAGUGCGGCCAAAGCCCUCUUUAAGGACCUGGAGUUGGAGUCUGAGGAGGGGCGGGGUCCGAUGCUGGGGAAACUGUCAGAGGAGGAGGGGCCAGUAACGGACCCAAUCCCACUGGAGGAGGGGCUAGGGAAAGAGGAGAAGCGGAUGAAAGGUGACAGGAAGGAAGCAGGAGGGGAGGAUGAGAUGGGUCUAAAGUUGGAGGAGGAAGAUGAGGAAAGAAAUUCAGUGGGGAGGGGCUCUAUUUCUCUGCCAACCUUGGAGAUUAAGGAGGUGCAGGUAGGGGCAGACCCCCUCUCCCUCCUUGUCUCGGAGCACGAGGAGUUAGCCUCCGUAACCAGUCAGGAGCUGCCGCAAUCCUUGCCUGCCGUGGUGUCCCGAAACCUGGCAGACGAGAUUGAGAUGUACAUGAGCCUACGGAGCCCGCUUGGCCCCAAAUCCUGUAGCAUGGAGCUCCACCAGGAGGGCCAGGGAGGGGACCCUUCCCCGGAUGCUGCCCAAGUGAAGCAACCUCUAGAACGGAGGUCCAGCCUCCCCGUGCCCCCUGUCCAACACCCAGGGGGGUCAAGCGGGGACACGAUGCCUAAACGCAGCCCCGCAGCAGUCACACGCUCCAAGACCUUCGCCGUGAAGGCCUCCAGGAGCCCUGCCUCUUCCAGGGGUGUUGUGGCCAGCCCACGGUCGCUGGUGAGGUCGUCGCAGAGCGGUUCGCUGGGGUCGGUCAUCAACUCUAUCUCGGGCAUGAAGAUGGACACCCUGCUCUCGGGUCCCAAGAUGGACGUGUUGAAGUCAGGCAUGAAGCAGGCAGGGAACCUGGCCAGCAAGGUGUGGGGGGCUGUGGCCUCAGCCUACUCUUACUCCGACGACGAGGAUGAACUGGGCCCUGGCUAUAGGGAAAGGGACAGUUUCCCUGCCGGGCUGGAUGAGUCCAUGCUGUUGGGGGGUGGAGGAAGUGACAGUCCCACCCACAGAGGGCCCACCCAAGGCCUGGUGUCCAACGGCCUGACCCAGAGCAGCACCAGCCUGGGCAGUAGCAGUGGGAGCAGCGACACAGGGAGAGGACUCCACUCCACACACGUGACUCCAGGAAGGCCAGGCAGAGGUCCAGACUCUGAGAGGUCAGACCAAGGCUCCCACCACACCAGCUCCUCUAGUAUCUACCAGAACUGUGCCCUUGAGGUGCUGAUGUCCAGCUGCUCCCAGUGUCGAUCCUGUGAGUGUCUGGUAUACGAUGAGGAGAUCAUGGCGGGCUGGACGGCAGACGAUUCCAACCUCAACACCACCUGUCCCUUCUGCCGCACCGCCUUCCUGCCCCUGCUCCACGUCGAGUUCCACGACCUGCGCACCACCACAGCGUUCUACCUGAACCCCAGCGCAUCAGGAGACAGUAUCCACAGCACCAGCCACCAGGCCACAGCUACAGGCUCCACCGAGAACAAGGUAGGGGCUGCAGUGGAUACCCCGACCCCUGGCCUCAUCAGCUUCCCAGAAUCUGAGGACCCAGGAGAGGCCCCGGCCAGCCAGACUGCCACGCACAAGAGUUUGAUACCGGAGCCGGCUCAAUCGGAUCCCCUGGGCCUGCUGGAGCACCAGGCAGGGAAGAGGGGGACGUCUCUGACACGCAGCAACAGUGUGGGCGGGCCUCUACAGAGCCUGGUUGCCCAGAGAGAACCAGGACACAGCGUGUCCACCACCAGCCUGCCCUGCAGCCUGACAGAGAUGGAUGGCCUGGGACAGAAGCGGCCCAACCCAAUGCCGGUGUCUGUGCCCUACCUCAGCCCCCUGGUCCUCCGCAAAGAACUAGAGACCCUACUGGAGAAUGAGGGAGACCAAGUCAUCUACACCCACAAGUUCCUGAGCCAGCACCCCAUCAUAUUCUGGAACCUGGUGUUUUAUUUCCAACGCCUGGACCUGCCCAGCUACCUGCCUGGUCUUAUCCUCACCUCGGAACACUGUAACAAUGGAGUACAGCUCCACCAGACAUCCCUGUCUCAAGACAGUAAACAGGUGUAUGUUCAGCUGCUGUGGGACAACAUCAAUCUGCACCAGGAACCUGGGGAUCCCCUCUACCAGAGCUGGAGGACCCUGAUGGAGAAGAAGGGCACCCUGGCCCCCACGGACUACCAGGAGACACGGACCCUCCUCAACAGCAUCGUCCGCAGCAUCCAGACCAACGACGUCUACGGCCCCAUCAACCUGCUUCUCCGGGAGGUCAAGAGGAACCCAGAGGUCAAACGCCAAAGGGGUAUCUAUAGGGAGAUCCUCUUCCUGGCGCUGGUGGCAUUGGGACGGGAGAACAUUGACGUCGAGGCUUUUGACCGUGAAUACCGCCGGGCCUUUGAUGAGCUGAGCCCAGAGCAGCUCAAGGCCCUGCACAAGAUCGACCGGCCACCCAACACCAACGUCCAGUGGUGCCUCAAGUGCUUCGGAGCUCCAGUCAUCUGAUUUGGCCACUGCUACCAUCUGCUGGAUGGUCUGAGGACCUCACUCACACUGGAGAGAAGCAGACAAGAGAAAGGGGGAAAGGAACUUGAUGGGUGAGGGUGUAAGGGAGAAUUUUGUACAGAGAAUUUUUGCACCUUCAUAUCCCGAAAGUCCCUUUUAUUGUUCUUUCUGCUUCUUACAGCUUUUCCCGCGGGCCACUUGUAUCCCAUUGUUAUUUAUGUAAAUAAGGUCAGGAAAAGAGAGCCUUGUUUAUAAAAUGGUGUGUUUCUUUACCGAUGGUGUGGUGAGAAUGAAUGUUGCUUGUACAGUGCUAGUUAGUCCCUUCAAUGAUCGAGUAUGCGUGUCUCACUGCCCAGUCCUAAGUGGCCUUGCUCCAUCUCUGUCCUAUAGCCCCAGGAUUUGACCCCAACACCCCUGGCCCUAGAACCACUUUGUAGUCUUCUACUGAUCAUCACUGUCAUUGAUGUGCACUUUUAGAAACGGUAGCUUUACCAGUCCGUUGGUUGUCUUUUUUGUACAUAUUUUUCUACAUGGGGGAUGCCUUGAUGCUGAUAAUGAUUUCUACAGAUUCAGUCUUCACUAUUGUCAUUGUGGGUGUUUGUCUUGGAAUGCAAUUCAUUUUUGAGAAGUAGAUUUCUCUCGUUUUGUGUGUAAAUAAGUGUUGGAGAUCAGUUCGAGAACAUUCCAGAACCCUGCAAACGUGUCUUAAAAGAAAAGCCUGAACUAAAUGUUUGGUUCUUACAACAUAGACAUCCCAAUGGGAGAGAAAAGGAAUCCGUCGCAGCAUACUCAACCUAGAAUGUUUCAGGUUUAGCCACCAGCCAUUUUGGGGCUAAAAAUCAAACGUAACCAUGAAUAGGAAGGGAACUGAGAUGCCAAACUACUGAAGUGCAGCUCUUUCCUUCUCUCUCCAUCGCUCCAUGCCUUGAGCAAAAGACGAGAGCCGUCCUGUCACAGGGAAAGAAACCAUGGUAAGUUACUGCGGUGCCUCAGUAGUAGUGACAAGACAGUCAGUCCAGCGUGUCAUGUUUUUAACUGCAACAUACAGUUCAACUAUUAUGGUAAUAUAUGCUUUCAUGUGAUUAGAAAUCUGCUUGUGUA